AUGGAUUCCACAGAAGUAAUAAGUAUAACGAAACCAAUUCCAAGAGCUGAAUACGAAGAAGAUGAAGAGGUAUCAGACGUAGAUAUGGACUUAGAAGAGAAACUAGAUAAUGAUGUAAAUGAUGAUGAUCAAGAACAUACUACAAAACAAUCACGAGCAAAUGAACUACGUACAAAUUCAAUAGUAACACCAGGUGAACUAAUAACAGAAGACCCAAUAUGGAUGAAAGGUCAUGGAACUUAUUUUAUAGGUGAUAAAACUUAUUCAUCAGUUGUUGGACAAAUAUCAAGAGUUAAUAGAUUAUUAAGUGUUAACCCUAUAAGAGGUAAAUAUUUACCAGAAACUGGUGAUCAUGUAGUUGGUAGAAUUACAGAAGUUGCAAACAAAAGAUGGAAAGUAGAUAUUGGAACCAAACAAGAUGCAAUAUUAAUGUUAGGAUCAGUUAAUUUACCAGGUGGUAUAUUAAGAAGAAAAUCAGAAAAUGAUGAAUUACAAAUGAGAUCUUUUUUAAAAGAAGGUGAUUUAUUAAAUUGUGAAGUACAAACUAUUUUUAAUAAUGGAAUUGCUUCAUUACAUACAAGAUCAUUAAAAUAUGGAAAAUUAAGAAAUGGAAUAUUUUUAAAAAUUCCAAAUUCACUUAUAAUAAAAUCAAAAAAUCAUAGUUAUGAUUUACCAGGUAAUGUAUCAGUCAUAUUAGGUAUAAAUGGAUAUAUAUGGUUAUAUAAAACAAAACCCAAAACAAAUUCUAGUUCAUCAUCAUCAUCAAUCAACAAUUCAAAUGAAUCAAAAUUACAACAAGCAAAUAAAGAUUAUUCACCAGGUCAAGGUUCAAUAUCAAUAACAAGAUUAGAAGAAGAAAGUUCAUGGGAAAUAUAUAGUGAUAAAAAUGAACCUAUCGAUUCAAUUACAAGAAAUAAUAUAUCAAGAUAUUAUAAUUCAAUAAAAGCUCUAGCUUAUGGAGAAAUUGGAAUAACUGAACAAAGAAUUAUAAUGGCUUAUGAAGCAAGUUUAUCAUAUUUAAAUUCUGGUAAUUUAAUUGAUAGAGAUUCAAUGGAACAAUUAUGUAGAGAAGUUUUAAAUAAUGAAGAAAUGAGAGGUAAUGCAAAUUAA